AUGACUGAGGAAGCUAAUGAAUACCGUAGCUCUAUUACUUCUCGCCCUACUUUCAAUAGGAGCAUGAACAAUCUCUCCACAACUACCUAUGGAAAUCCUGGUGAUGUUGGAUCUGGUAACAGAGUGCUCAAGAUUGUUACUGAAAUGACCACCACAUCCAUGAACUCUGGUCUCUCUCCAUAUGGACAGAGCGCUGCCUCUACUAUCCGUGAUAAUCGUGAGAAGGAAAAGAAGGAGAUGAGUGACUUGAAUGAUAAGCUUGCUAACUACAUCGAGAAGGUUCGCUUCUUGGAAGCUCAAAACCGCAAGCUUCAAGCUGAUCUGGAUAUGCUCAGAGGCCGUUGGGGAAAAGAUACCACCACCAUCAAAUUCAUGUAUGAAUCUGAAAUCACUCAAGCUAAGAGAGUCAUUGAUCAAACUGGAAAGGACAAAGAAGAUCUCGACAAGAACAUCCGCAAGUUGCAAGAUGAACUGAACGAGAUUCGCAAGAAAUUCGAAGAAGCUCAACGUGCUCGCAAUGUUGACAGAGAGAAAAUCGAUGAACUGUUGGUCACUCUCUCCAACUUGGAAGCUGAGAUCAACCUUUUGAAGAGACGUAUCGCUCUUCUUGAAGAGGAAGUUGCUCGCCUCAAAAAAGAAAACAUUCGCCUUAGUGGUGAACUUCAAAGAACUCGCACUGAGAUCGACCAAGAGACCCUUAAUAGAAUUGAUUAUCAAAAUCAAGUUACGACCCUCUUGGAAGAAAUUGACUUCAUCAAGAGAGCUCAAGAUCAGGAGAUCAAGGAACUCCAAGCUAUGGCUGCUAGAGAUACUACAGCUGAGAACAGAGAUUACUUCAAGAAUGAAUUGGCUAAUGCCAUUCGUGAUAUUCGUAACGACUACGAUCAAAUGAUCAAUGCUCAACGUAACGAUCUCGAAUCCUGGUACAAGAUCAAGGUUCAAGAAAUUAACACCCAAAGCGCUCGUCAAAACAAGGAACAAGAAUAUCAAAAGGAUGAGGUCAAGAGAUUGAGAACUCAGCUCGGAGAUUUACGCGGUAAAUUGGCUGACCUCGAAGGAAAGAAUAGUCUCCUUGAAAGACAAAUCCAAGAGCUCAACUACCAAUUGGAAGACGAUCAAAGAUCCUAUGAGGCUGCUUUGAAUGAUCGUGAUAACCAAAUUCGUAAGAUGAGAGAGGAAUGCCAAGCUCUUAUGGUAGAACUCCAAAUGCUCCUUGAUACCAAACAGACAUUAGAUGCUGAGAUAGCCAUCUACAGAAAGAUGUUGGAAGGUGAAGGAGAUGGCCCAGGACUCCGCCAGUUAGUUGAACAAGUUGUUCGUACCACCGGAAUCAAUGAAGUCGCUGAUACUGAAACCAUGAGAGUUAUCAAGGGUGAAACCUCUAGUAGAACCUCUUACAGUAGAUCAGCCAAAGGAAACGUUUCCAUUCAAGAGACCCACCCAGAAGGAAAGUACGUUACCAUCGAAAACACCCACCGUAGCAAAGAAGAGCCGAUCGGCGAUUGGAAGCUCAAGAGAAAGAUCGAUGGCAAAAAGGAAAUCGUCUUCACCGUCCCUCAUGACUUUGUCCUUCAACCCAUGCAAGUCAUCAAGAUUUGGGCUCAUGGCCAAGGUGGAGUCUCCGGAGCACCAAACACGUUGAUCUUCAACGAAUCCGACACCUUCGGCGUUGGAAACAGUAUCCAAACCAUCCUCUACAACAAGGAUGGUGAGGAGAGAGCCACCCAUACUCAACGUCAAUCCCAAAACUAG